ACUCUCAGACUGCAGUAUCACAGAAGAAGGUUAUAAAGCUCUGGCUUCAGCUCUGAGAUCAAACCCUUCACACCUGAUAGAGCUGGAUCUCACAGGAAAUGAUCCUGGACAAUUAGGAGUCAAGCAGCUCUGUGAUUUAGUGCAGGACCUAAAGUGUCAACUAAAACUAAGGUUUUUGUGUCCUGCUGCAGAGGAAGCCUGUCAGUAUGUGAGAAGAGUUAUGGGUAAAAACCCGUUACUCCUGGAAGAGCUGAAUCUGAUUAACCGUGAACUAGAAUUUAAUAGAGUUAGGCAGCUUGCUGCUCUACUGCAGGAUAAACACUGUAAACUGAAAAUAAUUCAGCUGAAUAAUAACAGUAUUACAGCAGAAGGUUGUGCUGUUCUGACUUCAGCGUUUAACUCAAACCCUUCAAACCUGACAAAGCUGGAUCUGAGUGGAAAUGAACUAGGAGACUCUGGAAUUAAAAAUAUCUGUUGCUUGUUGGAAAAUCCACAAUGCAGAUUAGAGAAACUGAAACUUUCAGACUGCAGUAUCACAGAAAAAAGUUAUGAGAUUUUGACUUCCUCUCUGAAAUCAAACUCACACCUGAAAGACCUGGACCUGAGAGGAAAUUAUCCUGGACGAUCAGGAGUAAAGAUGAUAACUGAUAUGAUGCAGAGAGGAUGGUCCAAAUUAAAGAACAUCAGCUUUUUGAAUAAUGCUGCUGCAGAGGACGCGUGUAAGUAUCUAACUGAAGUACUGAAAACAGAUCCCUUACAGCUGACAGAACUGGAUCUGAGCGGAAUUGCCCUAGAUCAACAUUGGGAGAAACUAUCUGCAUUUCUGGUGGACUCUUAUUGCCAAGUGGAUCAAAUAAAGCUGAAUAAUUAUGAGAUGACACAGAAAAGCUGUGCAGUUUUAGCUACUGUUCUCUCCUCCAAAAAUACCAUCCUGAAAGAGAUUAACCUCAAUAACAGCCGUCUGCUGGACUCAGGGGUCAAAUUGAUCUGUGAGGGACUGAAGAAAUCAAAGCUGAAGAUACUGAAACUUUCAAACUGCAGUAUCACAGAAGAAGGUUAUAAAGCUCUGGCUUCAGCUCUGAGAUCAAACCCUUCACACCUGAUAGAGCUGGAUCUCACAGGAAAUGAUCCUGGACAAUCAGGAGUCAAGCAGCUCUAUGAUUUACUACAGUAUCCAAAGUGUCAACUGAAGACAUGGUUUCUGAGUCCUGCUGCUGAUAAAGCCUGUCAGUAUGUGAGAGGAAUUGUGGGUGAAAACCCGUUACUCCUGAGAGAGUUGAAUCUGAGUGAUCGUAAACUAGAAGACUCAAAUUUGAAGAAUCUUGUUCCUUUGCUGCAAGAUAAACACUGCAAACUAAACACACUGAUGCUGCGUAAUUGUGAUCUAACAGAGGAAAGCUGUUCAGCUCUCGCUACAGUCCUGAGAUCAAACUCCAGUCUGAAAGAGCUCGACAUGAGCAACAAUGAUAAUCUGCAGGAUUCAGGAGUGAAGAAACUCGAAGACGCAUUAAAAAAUACAAACUGUCGACUGGAGAAAAUCAGGCUGCGUAAUUGUGAUCUAACAAAGGAAAGUUGUUCAAAUCUCGCUACAGUCCUGAGAUCAAACUCCAGUCUGAAAGAGCUUGAUAUGAGCAACAAUAAUCUGCAGGAUUCAGGAGUGAAGAAACUCCAGAUCGCAUUAGAGAAUAUAAACUGCACACUGGAGAAACUCAGACUCUCAGACUGCAGUAUCACAGAAGAAGGUUAUAUAGCUCUGGCUUCAGCUCUGAGAUCAAACCCUUCACACCUGAUAGAGCUGGAUCUCACAGGAAAUGAUCCAGGAGAAUCAGGAGUGAAGGAGCUCGAUGAUUUACAACAGGAUCGAUACAAUUCACUGAAAACAUUGAGGUUUUUGGGUCAUGCUGCAGAUGAAGCCUGUCAGUAUGUGAGAGGAAUUGUGGGUAAAAACCCAUUACUCAUGAGAGAGCUGAAUCUGAGUAAACGUAAACUUGGAGACACAGGAGUGAAUCAGAUCGCUGCUCUACUAAAGGAUAAACACUGUCAACUCAACACACUGAAUCUGCGUGGAUGCAGUAUUACAGAGAAACAGUGUCUGAUCCUGACUCCAGCUCUGAAAUCAAACCCAUCACACCUGAGAGAGCUGGACCUCAGUGGAAAUAAAAUUAGAAACACAGGAGUGAAGCACUUAUGUGACAUACUGAAGGAUUCACACUGUAAACUGGAGAGAUUAAGGUUAAGAGGCUGUGAAAUGACAGAUGAAGGUUGUUCUGCUGUGACUUCAGCUCUGAAACUAAACCCAUCACACCUGAGAGAGCUGAACCUGAGUGAGAAUAAACUAGGAGACUCUGGAGUGAAUAACCUCAGUGAUCUACUGAUGAUAAAGUCAUGCAAGCUGGAGAAACUAGAUCUGUGUGGAUGCAGUAUUACAGAGAAACAGUGUCACAGUUUGAGUUCAUCUUUGUGUUCAAACCUUUCACACUUGAGAGAGCUGGACCUCAGUGUAAAUAAACUAGAAAACAAAGGAGUGAAGCACUUAUGUGACAUACUGAAGGAUUCACACUGUAAACUGGAGAGACUGAGCCUAAAGGACUGUGGCAUUACAGAUGUUUCUGCUUUAACUCAGUCUUUGUCUGAAACACAAGCACUGCAGUUUUUAAAAGAGCUUGAUCUGACGAACAAUAAGAUAGAUGACUCAGGGAAGCAGCUCAAUGACAUGAUAAAAGACUCAAACUGUAAACUGAGCCUAGACAAGGAAGGCUGGAUGAGCACUUUAGGUGGAUGGUUUACAUCUAAAUCUAAGGAGACAGUGAAAUCAACAGGAACUGCCCUGUCAUCACCAGGAGGAACACAGGAGCAGGAUGAAGCUCAGUCUGUUCGGAGCUCAGACCGGUCCAAAAAACACAAAUCUGGCUCUUCAGGAAAAGGCCUAUAAACCAGGGGUGUUUCCUCUGGAGAGUCAAGGGAGACAGUGUCUCCUCAAAAAACUGGAAGACAAAAUAAUCAAAAUUACAGAAAUUAAAACGGCACAAAUAUUACAAAAUUUAACAUUAGAACAGUGUAAAAGUCGCUCGUUUUUAUGUAGUUAUAGCAACAUCCGUAGGUGAAGAUACUAGUGCACCUCCUUUGUCCCCAUUGACUUAAAACAGACAGCCCAAUGUGUGCGGUGGGUUUAGUGGGGGUAAUUGAGUAUGAAUGGGGGAAAGUCACAUUAGAGGAGGCAAUGUCUCCGUGGCGCACUGAUAUGAUUUGAAACCCCACCACUUGUUUUGUGCACGUUCUCAUCGGCCCGAAUGAAGAAAAUUAUGGCGUUAAUGGUAAGACUAAUUAAAAAGUAAGUAAACAACUUGCAUUGUUUCACCACAUUUAUGUUAUGUCAAAAUCAAACUUGACAUGGUCUAAAAACUUGAUGACUGGCUUUGUUUUAGUGAGCAAUCAGCUUGGGGAAAUUAACGGUACAUAUUUGUGUCUUUGACCAGUGUGUAUAAGAUGACUGCUGAAAUAUAAGUUGAUUAUUAAAAAGAAAAGCUGAACAUUAAUUCACAAAUAGCAUACAUUGUUUACAUUGUUACUGUCUUUAGUUAUUAUUUUGGAAUUUAUGUAAUGUUUAUUUAACAAGGAACAUUAAGUGUAACGGAAAUGCAUUUAAAUUUGAUAUACAGUAUAUUUUUUUAAAAAUGAGAGACGCCUCAUUUUAAACCACCACCGCACAUCACUGCUACAAACAUAAUGGUGUUGGAAUUAAACUCAUCCAUAAUGAGGCAAAUAACAUGCUGAUAAUCUUAGAGCUGAUUUACCACACAAAUAUAUCAAAUUACACACAAUGAAAGUGAAAUUCUUUAAAAUGUGUAGUUGAAUACUUUCUUAAAUGCAUCAAGGACCACCCGUCGGCCCAACGAAUCCAACGGUGUAAUGUGUGUCUUUUCAGCACCUCAGUAAAGUACA